UCAGCAACAAGCCCCCUGUAUCGCAUCGUUAGCAGCCAUGAUCUCCCCCCUGAAGGACAUUGUUAUCGCCACCGUGCUUGGCAUCGGCGCCGGCAUGGUCUGGAACAACUUUAAGGACGGCGAGCUGGACCGUAUCGGCCAAUUCUACAAGUGGUACGACGCCCAGGAGGCCCAGAAGAAGAGUCUGCACGCCGACGACUAAGCUACUUAUGGGUGCCCAAGAAGCUCAAGCCUUCUUCUACCUGGGAGGCCACACUAUCGUCACGUGUGUGUCGUUUGCUUACGUGGACAUCAGCGUCGGACAGAGAUUUCGCUGAGUCCAGUAGAUCAACGUUUGCCGCCUACGAGGAGAGGCAAAUUAAUGCAGAAAAGUAAAGAAAAAUAAAAAAAAAUGAGGAAGAUGAA